AUGUCCUCCACCGUGAACAACGGGGCGGCCAGCAUGCCGUCCCCGCCCGAUGCUGCGAACGGCUUCCCGCAGCCGGGCGCCUCCUCCGGGAACUGGCCGCGGACCGAGGAGGAGAUGCGCGCCGCCGAGCCAGGGCUGGUAAAGCGCGCGCACCGCGAGAUCCUGGACCACGAGCGCAAGCGGCGCGUGGAGCUCAAGUGCAUGGAGCUGCAGGAGAUGAUGGAGGAGCAGGGGUACUCUGAGGAGGAAACCCGGCAGAAGGUCAGGACUUUCCGGCAGAUGCUGAUGGAGAAGGAGGGAAUGCUCACGAGGGAGGACCGGCCUGGAGGCCACAUGACCAAGCACUGGUCCAGCAGCUCGGCCUCGCCCCCUCCCAAGAAGAAGAAAAAGAAAGGCAGCCACCGGAGGAGCCGCAAAAAGAGGAGACUAGACUCGGAGUGCAGCUGUGGGAGCUCCUCACCCCUGCGCAAGAAGAAGAAGAGUGUGAAGAAGCACCGCAAAGACAGGUCUGAUUCUGGGUCCAGGAGGAAGAGACGGCACAGAUCUCGAAGCCCCAAGAGCAAAAGAAAAGAGAAGAACAAAGAGAGGAAGAGGCCACACGAGUCCCCAGGCCGGAGGUCCCAUCGCCACAGCAGCGGAAGUUCCCACAGCCCCUCACUCUCCUCCCAGGACAGUGAUUCCAGAUCGCCCAGCAGGCUGAGCCCCAAGCCCCGAGGCGAAGGUCGGAAGACGGGCAGCCAGCGGUCCAGCGGGAGCCGAUCGCCUUCCCUGUCAGGCGGCAGCGGAUGGGGGUCGCCCCAGCAGAACGGAGGCAGCCGGCAGCGGAGCGGAGCGCAGGGGGGCCGCCCGGGCUUGGCGCAGAGCCCGCCAGAUAGCAAGGACUUCGAACUCUCCCCAAGCACGCUGUCCGACAUCGCCCCCACCCGGAACCGCUCCCGCAACUAUUCGCCCAUCCGCACGCGCCGGGAUUCGCCCAACUUCAUGGAGCCGCGGCGCAUCACCAGUGCCCGAAAGCGGCCCAUCCCCUACUACCGGCCCAGCCCCUCCUCCUCCUCCUCCAGCUGCCUGAGCAGUGACUACUCAAGCAGGAGCCCCAGCCGGAGCCCCAGCCCUGGCCACAGCCACGGAAGCUACAGCAGCCGAAGUGGAGGGACCCGAAGCCACACGCGCAGCCCCUCCCGGAGCCCCAGUCCCAGUUACCACAGCCGGAGCAGCUCAGAGAGUGGAGGCUUCUGAGCCCAUACAGAUCCCGAGUGGUGCCCCCUGGCACAGAGAGAGGCGAGGGGUCAGGCCCCAGGAUCCAUGGGGGGCAUACACCCUAUUGCUACAAAGAGGUCCCAGGGCCAGGGAAGACCUUGAGGGUAGGUGCCCUGCAGACAAGGAGGACCUGGGUUCUGCUGCUUCUAGAGGGUCCCUACCCCCACCUUCUGCCCUCCCACCAUGUCCAGGGAACAAAGAGCCUUUUCGAACACAGGGAUCACCCUGCCCCACUUCCUGCUUGAUGCCAGCUCACAGGCCGGGGAUCUCAGCUCAGUGGACCCAGGGACAUCUCUGAAGGUGCCAAUCCUGGGAGCCUCCCCUACCCACUCAGCAGAGCCCUUGGAUCCUCUCUACCACUAGGCAGGCAAGGAGGUGGGACAGCAAGCAGGAUAUAAGUUAGACAGAAAGAAGAAUGGCCUAACCCUUGGUGUAGCACCAUCCAGGCUGGGGAGCUGCUUCCUCCUGAGCUGGCUGCAGGAGGACCCUGGCUGAGGGCUGGAGGCUGGCCCCACAGCCUCCCAAACCCCUCCCCAGGCCCAGGAGUGCCAGGAAGAGCCAGGGAGCUCACUCUUGGUCCCGCCUUUUCUCUCCAGGCCAGUCUCUCCCCUUCAGGCCUCACCUCAUUCCCUGGUCCCAGGCCACACAAGCCAGGCCUUGUGCAUGACAAGAGGUGGGACAUACAGACCACAACUGAAUCUGACCCUGAGAUGAAAAGGGGCUCAGGGCAGGAGGUGGAAGAGAGAAGGAGUGGAUGGAAGAAGAGCCUGUGAGGAGAAGGGAGAAGCAAUGCAGCCUAAUGACUGAGCAGGCCCUGGUAUUCUCAUGUGCCCCUUGUCUGAGUCACAGGCAGAGGAUAGCGUAGCUUCAGGCCCUGCCCAAGGGAGCACUUCCUCCUCAGGGUUUGGUGAGGAGGUGGCCAGCCAAGGCUUCCCAGAGAAGGGUGCUAUAGCCCUUGGAAGGAAGGGUAGGAUCUAUACUGAGGGCCUUGGCCUGGGGCAUUGACAGGAAGCAGUGGCCCCCAGCCCUCUUCUGCUGCUCCCAGCCCCCUCCUCCUGGGGCCCUCAGGGAUCUAAUGAAGUCUUCCUUGGCCCAAUAGGGCAGAUGCCCUGGGCUCCACUGGGGGGAGGGGUCUAGGGUUUGGUCCGGGUUCCCCUCUCUCUAUUUCCCACUUCCUUUUUUUUUUUUCCGCGGUGCGGAUGAAACUUGGGACUCUAAUAAAACACUCAGUGCCCAAAGGGCAGGUGGUGA